ACAGAGAGAUAAACAGAAGGUUAAAAGAUAUGAUUAAGCGAUUUGAGAAUCUACUCUAUCUUUGCCUGACGUUGAUGAUGGCCAAUGAAUCAUUUCCGUGGGACCCUGACGCCGGAUUAGUAACGUCAUGGACUAAAUAUCCCAGGGCUAGGGUAACAGCUUCGUCUUCCACCGGUACGUCGGACCCGCAUUCCGUCAUCGACGAUAACGACAACACACAGUGGGCGUCCGGAAGCUGUCUUCCUAGUGGCUUUGUUAGUGACCCGGAACAAAACAUUUUGCAUGGUCUAUGUCAGAAUAAAAAUCACUGUACCGUGUCAGACAGCCUGGAUGUUUACAAAGCAACUGAUGGCGAUCCAUCUUACACAGCAGCAACAAUUAAUCCGUCACAAAGUUCACCGGAAGCCAAAUUAGUUAUAAGCAUACCAAAUCCUCAACCGGUAAGCUUUUUGACCGUGUGGGGAAUCUACAGUCAUGGAGCAACCGAGUUGUCCCUGAUUGACAAUAACAACAUUCGCCAUAGUAUCAGAACUUUGACAUCCAUUGAUAACUACAAACAAAUUUCAUUCAGCAACAUUACAUACCCUGUCGCUCGAGUUGAAUUUGUUUCUACACAGAAGUUUCAAAUCCGAGAGGUCGCUGGACUUGGAACUAAGGGUUGUGUUGCCAAAUUAACCCUUGACCUUGGAGAAACUCGUAUGAUACAGACGAUUCGAUCACGGCACUGGGCAGGACCAGGAACUGCUUCAGCCUUAAGAUUAAAGACUUCUGAAUUCGGGAAUUCCUGGAUGUCGGUAGAUUUAGACCCUGACGCAAUCAACGCGGUAGUCACAAGAUUACCAUCUUUAGUUAGAGGUCGUUAUAUUGUUUUUGAAUAUACUCUUAUUCAGAAACCGUACAGUAAGGUAUACCUCUGGGAGGUUGACGCUUGGGAUGAAAAUUCUGUCUGGGGAAUCAGACUUCCAUCUAAGCCACAGCAAAACACCAUGAGGUCAUUGCUUGGCGUCAACGGAAUAUGGGGCUGGGGAAACAAUAAAUACAGUUCAUCGUUAAAAUCUGGAGAGGGGCCAGAUCUCUACAACAAGGUAGCAUCCCAUGCUAGAAACUAUCAUAACAUGGACUGGGAUGUACUAGAUCCCGAUAAUGAUCCAGAAUACUCCAAAAUGGCGUCCGGCGGUGGGACGAAUGCAAAGUCAUGGCUGAACUGGGACACAGAGUACAAAGCAUGGCGAAAUGCCAGUCUUAAGAUCGACGUGUCUGUCCAAUUCAGCAAUUUCCAGCAAGCUAGAUGGGAUAAUCCACAGACAUCUGCUUAUAACUAUGGGAAACAGUUCGCCAAACACUUUGGUCCUGUGGUUGGCAAUGGUGUAAUUGACGCAGUGGAGGUGGGUAAUGAACCAUGGUCAUACGAUGCUGUAUUCUAUAUGAACCUGCUUCAGAGUAUGUCGGCAGGAAUACGAAGUGUAGACGAUCAAAUAAAAGUACUCCCCGGAGCAUUUCAGGCCCACGAAAAGAGAGCAGUAAAUAACUACAUAGGAACUCGAAUAAAUCAUCAGAUAGCCAAGAACCUCAGUGCCAUUAACUUUCAUACGUACAGUUAUGUCUCCAGCUUUACUGGAGCGAGGGUAGGUGUUCACCCUGAGCACCCCGAGUCUUCGUUUAACAGCCUAAGAAACAUGGUAAGAUGGCGGGAUACUAACCUCCCCAGUCACCCGUUAUGGGUGACAGAGUGGGGAUGGGACGCACCGACUGCGGGAGAAAAUUGUCCAUUUUCAGAAUGUGUGACAGAAGCUGAACAAGCUGUGUAUGGAGUCAGAGGACUAUUAAUCUUGUCCAGGUCGGUUGUGGACAGGGUUACUUGGUUUUUCUAUGCCAAUACUAAGUGUGAACAUCUCUAUUGCCGAAGUGGUCUUACAAGUUCUCCUACGACUGGGUUCACCAAACGACCCGUUUUCCAGGCCUUUAAGGCUCUACUGGACUUUCUUGGCGAUCUCUAUUUCCAGUACACGCUAAACGAAAGUAAAGAGAGCUACAUUUAUCUCUUUGGAGACAAAAUUCAACAUCAGGGACCAUCUGAUGAGGAGAUUAAAGUCAGAGGAGCCAAGUAUAUGGUUAUGUGGAAACCGGAAACACUUCAAGGUGGCGGAGUCACGCCUCUUUUCUACGUGUUUCCACGUGGCACACAUCCGAUUCAAGCAAUAAGAUUCACCGGAAAUGAUACACCGUAUACUAACGAACCGCUUGCAUAUCAGCCAGGUAUUCAAGGUAGUCUUACUUUGAAUGUGACGUCAUUUCCUGUUCUUGUAGAACUUUCACAUAAUCCAGUCGCACCAGUAGUUGGAUUCUAGUCAGCACUGUACCAUUCAAACACGUUACAAAAAAGUAUAAAAUUAACUAACAUGUAUGUAUAGUCAAAAAUUUUGUGUUUAUUCUUCUAUAUUCUUUUAUAAUAUAUGCAA